GAUAACUUCAGAGAUGCUGCAUGUUUUCAAUGACGUCCUGACAUUGCAAGGGCGCAUAUACGAUAAUAUGUUGGAAGGUGGAGAAAUGGCUGGCGAGAGAGGAGAAGAGGAAGUAAAUCCACUAGGACUUUACGAAGGUGAAAGAAAUGAAAAAGGUGAUAGGCAUGGUAAUGGAAAAGCUUUGCUUCCAAACGGCGAUAUGUACGUCGGACGAUAUUGCAAGGGAUUGAGGCACGGCGCGGGACUUUACGUAUUUAAAAACGGUGCUCGUUACGACGGUGAAUGGAGACAAGGCGUUAAAUACGGUCAAGGAACGUUUUGGUACCCUGAUGGAACGCGAUACGAGGGUGAGUGGAAACGUGACAUGAAAUAUGGUUUUGGCGUAUAUUAUUACGUAAAUGGCGACGUUUACGAAGGUUCCUGGAAGAAAAAUUUUCGACACGGCAUGGGAUCUUAUCUUUACGCCGACACGAACACGAAAUUUAUGGGCACGUGGAUCAAAGAUCGUAUGCAAGGGCCUGGGCAAUUAAUUCACCCUCGACAUCGAUUCCACGGAUUUUGGCAACUGAAUUUGCCUUAUGGACGCGGCUGCUUCACUUUUGAAAACGCUUGCAUGCAACAUGGACACUACGUGCACGUGAAAGAUCCUGAUUACGACGAGACAAAGGAAGAACCUGUCGAGCAAGGACAAGUAACUGAACCUGCCACGUUAGAAGCCGAGGCUGGCGAAGGAAAUAAAAAAUUAGAAGAUACCGAGGGUGUGAAACUGGAAGAAGCUAAACCUGAGCCAUUUGAACCGCUUGCUUUAAAGAAAGGCGUUAUCGCAUUAUGGCGAGCCCGUUGCAUUACGCCGUAUAAUGCUGAUUUAUUGCCACCUGAGCCAGUACCUCUACAGGAAGAGGUAUCUGUGGACUCUCUAUUAGAUAGGUGUUCGGAAGAUUUAAUAAUGGCACCGGAACGGUACUUAAAGUACGAAGACGAAUACGAAGGUGAAGGCGGCCGUUAUUACGAAGACGCUGAUUAUCCUGGAUCGUUCGUUGAAGCAAUUUAAUUAAAAAAAAUCAACGUUAAAUGUGAAAUAAAAAAUAUUAAUUUUUUCCUUCGAUUAUAAACUUUUGCGCCAUUUGUUAAAGAAUCAAGCUUUUCUAUGAUCUAAUUUCAAUAUUAUUUUCUUACCGAAGGUGAUAGCAUUGUGCACAAGGAGAAAGGUUAUACAAAUUCGCUAAAAUAUUUCUCACAAUAACAAAUAAAAGUAUAAAAAGAUAAUUAUAAUACAAUAUAAACUUAUACAUGUUCGAUACCAAUUUUGCAUGUGGUUAGGCAAAAACGCAACGUGUUUUUAAGCACUUUAUUUAGGAAAUUAUAAUAAUAAAUGUGCGUAUGUGCCCAUAAUAUCAGACAAUGUAAAGAACUUAUUUUACAGGCACACGUAGGUCUUGUUUGGAAGUUUCAUUUGACGAAGUGUUUAAAGUAUAUAUGUAACGUAUAUGUGUACAUACGUAAGGUGUAUUACAUUGAAUAUCAGCAACAGAUAUAACGAGGAUAUGUUUUCAUAAUAUUAGCUAAGCGUACGCUCAACGAUUGCAGUCUAUUCAGCUUUACUCCAAAGAUCGAUUUAACAUAGUUUUAGAUACGCAAAUGAUUUGUGUGUUUUCUAUAUGUAUUCUUGAAAGCGCAAGCUCGCUAGUAUCGUUCGAUUAUUUAAGUUUUCUUUUUUAUUUCUUUUUCUCUUUUAUAACGUACAAGCGUGUGUAUUUCAAAAUUACGUUCGUCGAUGGAAACACGUAAAUAUU